AUGGCGCGUAACCCAACCCAUCUCAUGCGCUAUGGCUAUAUCCGCACCACAAGCCCUAAGCGACACGAAAAUUCGCCGUGCCAUCGUGCCCCUCACCGCAAACGAAAAAUUGCAGUCCAUCGCCCGCUCGCCAUCGACCGCCAUCGACCUCGACGCUCCGAACUCGGUGACGAAGAAGUCGACGUUUGCACCAUGGCGACAUACCAGAACGGCAUGGCUCCGGCCCGCGCCAUCGACGACGACAGCGACGUCGAGGAGGAGGCCCUGGUGGCCGAGUACAAGGAGCACGUCCAGUACGAGGACGGCGACGAGCUGAGCCAGACGACGUCGCUGCAGCAGACCGACGACAUCCAAUCCCGCCUCGUGCAGGCCGCGCAACCGCUCGACUUUUCCGCACCUCUCGAGGUCAAGUUCCAGAGCUACGACUCGUACUGCAGCCUGUUCCACUUUAUUCUCAACUCGGAGGGUCCCGUGGAUAUCGAGCCACCCUCGUACUACUGGGCCUGGGACGUCAUCGACGAGUUCAUCUACCAGUUCAACUCCUUUUGCUCGUACCGAUCGCGCAUCGCCCGCCAGGCCAACAACGAGGAGGAGAUCCAGAUCCUGCGCGAGAACCCCAACACCUGGGGCUGCUACAGCGUCCUCAACGUCCUCUACUCCCUCAUCCAGCGGUCGCAGAUCACGGAGCAGCUGGCGGCCAUGAAGCGCAACGAGGAUCCCCUGGCUCUCGCGGGAGAGUACGGAUCCAAGAACCUGUAUAAGAUGCUGGGUUACUUUUCCAUCAUCGGCCUGCUGCGGGUACACUGCCUGCUCGGCGACUUCGCCCUCGCCCUCAAGACGCUCGACGACAUCGAGCUCAACAAGAAGGCCAUGUUCGCCCGCGUCAUGGCCGCCCACUUCACGACGUACUACUACGUCGGCUUCUCGUACAUGAUGAUGCACCGGUACGCCGAUGCCAUCCGCAUGUUCAGCCACAUCCUCGUCUACGUCUCGAGGACCAAGAACUUCCAGAAGAACGCGCAGUACGACUCGAUCACGAAGAAGAACGAGCAGAUGUACGCCCUCAUCGCCAUCUGCGUCGCCUUCCAGCCGACGAGGCUCGACGACACCAUCCACAGCGCCCUGCGCGAGAAGUACGGCGACCAGCUGCUCAAGCUGCAGCGAGGCGGUCCCGAGUCGCUGCCCAUCUUCGAGGAGCUCUUCCGCACCGCCUGCCCCAAGUUCAUCUCGCCCGUGCCGCCGGACUUUGACAACCCCGAGGCCAACAUCGACCCCAUCGAGCACCACCUGUCGGUCUUCAUGGACGAGGUCAAGACCAACAUGUGGAGCCCGACCAUCAAGUCCUACCUCCGCCUCUACACCACCAUGGACCUCACCAAGCUCGCCGGCUUCCUCGAGGUCAAGCCGGAGGAGCUGCAGUCGUGGCUGCUCGUCACGAAGCAGCGAACGAAGCAGCUGCGGUACCAGGACCAGGGCCUGCUCGACGGCGAGGUCGUCAACGUCAGCGACCUCGACUACGCACUGCAAGGGGACCUGAUUCACAUCUCCGAGGCCAAGCCGUUUGGGAGCGAGGCAGCAUCCACCCGCCCGCCGUCGAAGGAGGUCGCCAUCGCCGUGCCGAGGUCGGCGGCGAGAGCGGGCGGCGGACCGACGGGAUGUUUGUUGUACGGCCGACGACAGGCCAGCAUGGAACCGGCGUCACGGAGUUGGGGACAAUUCUCGCUUGAGCGAAAGAAGCACGAAGGAUGGGCCCAGACGAGGCUCCAGAAGGGGGUUGACUCAGACCCGGCAGUGGGCUUCGCACUCAUCCGUCGCAAAAGACUGGACGAAGCCCGUCAGUUUGGCGGGCAAGAUUCGAUCAAGCAGCGAAUGCGCGCCCAAGGCAACGUGAGGGCGAGGGAUGAUGGGCGCAAAGGGGCGAUACGCCGUCCAGAAUUUGGUGUUGUCGUCCACCUCGUGCAGUGCGAUGCGUAG